AAGCUGGGUUUAGCGGGUGCGCACUUGAUUAUGUGGGCGGUUCAACGAGCUCGUGCAUUCCUCUCUUCUUCGACGGCGUCGUCAUUUUCUUCGUCGUUAUCGGAGGCUCGACCAUCAUGGAGGCCAGGGUUUUCGUUUUCAGACUUCAAAUAUGCUUCCUCUUCGUCCGUCGGUGAUGGCCCUAAUAAGGGCCUUUUGGAUCUGCAGGAGAUCGAGAAGGUUCUGGGCGAUGUCAGAGCCGACGACGUCAAGGUCAUGCCGGUUCCCAAGCACUGUGAUUGGGCAGAUUAUAUGGUGAUUGCCACUGGCAGGUCGACCUGGCACGUCAAGAACAUUGCUCAAGCUCUAAUUUACCAGGCAGGUCCAUUGGUUCAGUUUUUUGCAAUGCCAUGCUUGUCGCUUGUGUAUUAA